AUGGCUGGGAUAACAGACGCACAACCGACUGAGGACGAGGCUCCGCAUACUGUCUCGGAGGAUACGCCUCUGCUUCCUGGCGGCGAUGCCGGAUCCCCGGUCACUGACGACGAAGACCCGCGGAGCAAGUACAAAUGGCCCGUCAUAAUUGGGAGUUUCUCUAUUAUCUUCAUGAUAGAGCUGGCGGUUGGGAUUUCCACGCCGGCCUGGAACGCCCUCCUCGAAAAGGGCCUGUGCGCCGAGGCCUACCCCGAGAUCUCCCAGUUCCUGACCGCAGGCGAUGAGAAUCCCCUGUGCAAGGAUCCUGCUGUGCAGGGCAAGUUGGCCCUGUACCGCGGAUGGUCUUAUACAUUCGAAUGCCUCCCGACCAUCGUGCUUGCCCUCCCCUUGGGCUCGCUAUCGGACCGCUGGGGCCGGAAGCCCAUCGCGAUACUGGCCCUAGUUGGGGUGGCGCUGAGUAUGCUUUGGUACGAGGUCAUGUUCUACUUUCCACUGCCGAUGUGGACGUUCAUCCUAAGUUUUGUCUUCCAAUUCAUUGGAGGCGGGGCUCCUGUCGGCUUGAGUAUGCUGUAUACCAUGCUGGCGGACGUCCUACACGUAGAGGAGAUGACCACCGUCCUCUUCAGGUUCUUCUCCGUGUUCCUCGUGGCGGAGUUGGUUGGGAACCCCUUGGGCGGCUUUCUGUUGAGCAGAGGCCCCUGGGUAUCGCUGAUCACUGGCAACGUUUUCAUAGUACUGGUUCUCAUGUCAUUAUAUAUCCUGCCCGAGACACUCGUGGUGCGCCGAUGGCAUGACGCAAAGGCCGGGAAGACACCCAGCCCGAGGCUUGCGCCGCUGGAUGGUAGUGAUGAUGAGAGGCUGAAGAAAAGCAGUAUCAGUGCUGCGCUCGACGACGCACGCGACCAGCUGGUGGAGGUGUGGGAGUUCCUCAUCGGCAACAAGCGCAUCGUUGUGCUCAUGCUACCACUCAUCUUCAUGACUCUCGGGAAAUAUAUACAGGAGAUGCUGCUGCAGUACGCGACGAAGCGAUAUGGCUGGUCGUGGAGCAAGGCCACAUACUUCCUCACCCUCAAGUCCGCCAGCUUCAUCAUCAUGCUUACAGUCAUCCUGCCCGCCGUGUCGUCCUUCUGCCUCAAGAGGCUCGGCAUGUCGCCGCUGUCCAAGGACCUGUGGCUGUCGCGCUGGUCGGGCGUGAUGCUCGUCGUGGCCGACCUAGCCGUGGCCUUCUCGUUCACCCCGGCGCUCUUCGGCGCCGGCCUGGUGCUCCUGUCGGGCGGGUGCGGGCUGACGCCGCUGCUGCGGUCGCUGCUCAACGCGCAGGUCGAGCCGCACCACGUCGGCAUCCUCAACACCCUGCUGGGCUUCCUCGACACACUCGGCGUCAUGAUCGCUGCCCCGAUCUUCAGCGAGUCGCUCAACAAGGGCAUCGAGCUCGGCGGCGCCUGGAUCGGCCUGCCGUUUGUCGCCGGCGCCGUCAUCUCGUGCUUUGCGGCGGGCAUUCUCUGGGUGUACAGGAUCCCGCCGCAGGUGGAGAGGAGUGUUCUCGAGGAGGAUCACGUGUGA